AUGGACUUAUGGGGUCCCUAUAAAACUACUACAUAUGAUGGAAACAGGAUUUCUUCAAAGUACCAGGAUUACAUAGCUGCAGUUUCAACUGAAACUGAACCUUUUACUUAUAAGGAUGCUAUCAAGGAUCCAAGAUGGGUGGAAGCCAUGCAGCAAGAAAUAGCAGCCUUGGAAAGCAACAACACUUGGCAGGUUACAACUUUACCAGAAAAUAAAAUACCUAUAGGAUGCAAAUGGGUGUACAGAAUCAAAUAUAAAGCCAAUGGUGACAUUGAGAGGUUUAAUGCAAGGCUUGUAGCCAAAGGAUAUAGCCAAAAAGAGGGGAUUGACUAUCAGGAAAUAUUCAGUCCUAUAGUGAAGAUGAAAAUUGUUAGAACUGUACUUGUAACCUCACCAAUAAACAACUGGCAUAUCCACCAAAUUGAUGUAUUUAAUGCCUUCUGA